GUAAGUGGCAAGUGUUCACAAUGUUAGGUUCGAACACAUGAAUUUAAAACCAAGAUGAUUCUCAAUCUCAUUCUCAACAUUGAUUAAAACCCGCCAUUAAUUUCCACGUUAUCAAUUCCAAUCCAAUCCAAUCGGUAAUGGCCUCCGUCAGGGACCUCACCAGGCUCUUCAAUGGCAUAUCCUUAAUCGCCAACGAAUUCGUGAAGCGCUCUUUACCCUUCGAAUCCGCCACAACCGGAGAAUUCGAAACCCUAAUCAAGAAAACUCUGGUCUCCGCCACCGACCUCACCGGCAUCACCAAAGGAAAGGUUCGCCAAUUCUCCAAUCCUGGACCUACCUCUAGCACCACACGCGCUACUGCUACCGAUUCCGUUGUUUAUUUCACUGAUCAGCCUUCUCAAUCUGAUUCAACACUACCAGCAACAAUAACAGUAACAAAGACAAACGAUGACGUUUUUGCUGAUUUUUCUACUAAGGAAAAUAAUCGCGUCCCGAGCGAUUCCGUGGAAGCUUCUGAUGCAAAUGUGGCGGUGAAGGAAGUUGAGAUUCCGAGCUCUGCUGCUGAAAAUGUUAACCAAGAUGCGAGUAGAGAAGUGGCACCUGCGCCGCCGCCAUUAAGGAAACGAAGGCCCAGGGAGAUGAAGGUUCCCGCAACUCCAUUUUCUAGGGCUUUAGGGUUUGCUGGACUAGGAGCUGGUCUUGCGUGGGGAACACUUCAGGAAUCUGCCAAGAGGCUUGCCUUUGGUACACCUCAAGGCAAUCAAUCUGCAGUUUCCCCGUUCUUGUCUGAAAAAAAUGCGGAACGUUUAGCUCUUGCGCUUUGUAGAAUGCGUGGAGCAGCGCUCAAAAUUGGGCAGAUGUUGAGCAUACAGGAUGAAUCUCUUAUUCCUGCUCCGAUCCUGGCUGCUUUAGAAAUUGUCCGUCAAGGUGCAGAUGUGAUGCCAAAGAGCCAGCUUAAUCAAGUUUUAAAUGCUGAGUUAGGUCCUGACUGGUCAUCAAAAUUGAUUAGUUUUGAUUAUGAACCUAUGGCUGCUGCAAGUAUUGGCCAGGUGCACCGAGCUGUCAUGAAGGAUGGCAAGCAAGUUGCUAUGAAAAUUCAGUAUCCUGGUGUUGCAGAUAGCAUUGACAGUGACAUUGAGAAUGUGAAACUUCUACUAAACUACACAAAUCUAAUUCCUGAAGGACUUUAUCUUGAUAGAGCGAUAAAGGUGGCCAAAGAAGAACUAUCUCGUGAGUGUGAUUACAAGUUGGAGGCAGGAAGUCAGAAGCGAUUCCGAGAUCUUCUUGCUUGCACAGAAGGAUUUUAUGUUCCAAUAGUUGUGGAUGAUAUUUCAAGCAAAAGAGUAUUGACUACAGAACUUGUUAAUGGAAUUCCAAUUGACAAAGUGGCACUACUGGACCAGGAAACUCGUAAUUAUAUUGGGAAUAAGUUAUUAGAACUCACAUUAUUGGAGUUGUUUGCAUUCCGUUUUAUGCAGACUGAUCCUAAUUGGGGUAAUUUCCUAUAUGAUGAUGCUACAAAGACAAUCAAUCUUAUUGAUUUUGGAGCAGCGCGGGAUUUCCCAAAAAGAUUUGUUGAUGAUUAUUUAAGAAUGGUUGUAGCAUGUGCAAAUAAGGAUAGUGAUGGGGUCAUUGAGAUGUCCAGGAGACUUGGGUUCCUCACUGGAAUGGAAUCUGAUGUGAUGCUAGAUGCCCACGUCCAAGCUGGUUUUAUUGUGGGUUUGCCAUUCUCAAGACCUGGUGGAUUUGACUUCCGAUCAAACAACAUCACUCAAAGCAUUUCUCACCUUGGGGCGACGAUGCUGAAGCACAGACUCACUCCUCCACCGGAUGAAGCCUACAGUCUGCACAGAAAGCUUUCCGGUGCUUUUUUGGCAUGCAUUAAGAUUGGGGCUGUUGUCCCUUGUAGGGAACUAUUGCUUGAAAUGUACAAGCAUCAUAAGUUUGAUGAUGAAGUAAAUGAGGUAUUAUGUAGUGGCUCAAUGUCUUCAUAGGCUAAUUAUUUCUUCUCCAAUUAUUUUUGACCAAUUAUAAUAAUCUGUGGGAUGCUAGUUUGCGUCCAAGCUCCUUAAGAAGAACAUUUCCAUUUGCUCCACAAAUGGAGUCCUUUCGGGGGACAAUUUCCCCUCUCCCAAUUUGUAACUUUAGCUUCCUAUAG